AACUGAAUAAAAUACCUACAAAAUACUCAUAUUAAAAUCGUCAUCGCCUCUGAACGAUGACUUUUAAGCAGUGACAGUCAAGUAUGCAGCGAGCCAUAAGCGGGUACGGUCGGUCGAUUGUUGGCAAUAAAAAAAUACAAACAAAAUAAAUUGAAAAAAAAAACAUCAGAAACUUUAACGAAUUGUUGUUUAUUUUAUUUGUUGUUCUUGUUGUUGUUGUGUUCUUUCAAGACCAAGUGGAAUUUUUAAGUGAAGUUUAAUAAUAAUUUAUUGGAAUAAACAUGAAAUAAUAUUCGAAAAUUAUUAAACAAAAAUAAUAAUUUAUAGCAUGAAGUGAUUGAGUAAUAAUAAAAAUAAUAAUAAAAUACUUAAAACAAAUCAACAAAAAGUAUUUCAAAAUAAAUUGGCUUAAAUUUAUGCGUAAAUCAAAAUCUCUUUAUAAAGGCCAUUCGAAAGUGAAAACAUUUAAAUUUGAAUAAGCUGUCAUUUCUUCUGCCCUCUCUCUAUCUGUCUCUGAGAUGUAUUUUAAAGCUGAUAACAUUUAAUGUUUUAGGAAUUAAUGUAAAAAUCAAUGGAUCAAAAUCCUCACACUGUAUUUCACACUAAACCUACCAAAAUACCUCCAUUACAAUGCACAACCAGGGCAAUAUAUCGCUCUUAAAACUUUUAAUCACACUUAUAGUUGGCGUUGCAAUUGGUUUUACAUUUUCCCAACUUAAUACAACCCAACAUGAUUCACUGAUGAUGACGACCUCAAUGAAAUCCCAAAAUAUAUGCAAAGAACGUGAAAUACUACAACCUUUAUCCAGUGUGGAUUCCGAGGAGUUUAUAAAACCUAUCGGAAAUUACGACGAUUCUAUUGCAGAACUAAAUAAGCAACUAACAAAUACACUACAGACAGAUGAUCUUAAUACCGAUAUAGCAGAUCGUUUAUUUAAAGAAGUCAAGGUGCUUUGUUGGGUUUUAACCGGACCUCAAAAUCAUGAAAAGAAGGCACGUCAUGUUAAAAACACUUGGGGCUCUAGGUGUAAUAAAUUAUAUUUUAUGAGCUCGCAGGAAGAUAAAGAUUUGGGUGCAAUUAAUCUGAAUGUGGGCGAAGGACGUGGUAAUUUGUGGAAUAAAACUCGCGAAGCAUUCAAAUAUGUUUAUGAUCAUCAUGUUAAUGAGUAUGAUUGGUUUUUGAAGGCUGAUGAUGAUACAUAUGUUAUUAUGGAAAAUCUAAGAGCCUUUCUAUACUCCAUGUCUCCUAAUGCUUCCGUGUAUUUUGGUAGUAAAUUUAAGCCUCAUGUUAGACAGGGCUAUAUGUCUGGAGGUGCUGGUUAUGUUUUAAGUAAUGCUGCUCUGCGACUUUUUGCAGAACGUGCCUAUCCUAAUCGAGUUUUAUGCCGCCAAACUCGAGGAGGUUCUGAGGAUAAAGAAAUGGGAACUUGUUUGCAAAAUGUCGGUGUUGUAGCCGGUGAUUCCAGGGACGAUCAAAAGCGUGGACGAUUUUUCCCCACCAGUUUGCAUAGUCAUAUUAUUCCAAAGCCCAAAUCAAGUUGGUAUUGGCGUUAUAUAUUUUAUGCAACCGAAGAUGGUCCGUCAUGCUGUUCAGAUUACUCCAUAUCAUUUCAUUAUGUCUCACCCAACUAUAUGUAUGUCAUGGAUUACUUAGUUUAUCAACUAAGGCCGUAUGGUAUGUUGCCAAAAUCUAUUGGAAUGCCUGAGAAAAAGAACAUGACUGAAUUAUUAGAAAAAUGGCGUAAUGAAAUUUCAGACAAUCCUUUAUAGUCUAUUAAAGAGAAAAUACCACCGAAAAGUCAUAGGAUUUAGCAUAAUUUAUUUAUUAUUGUUACAAUUAUUAAGCAUAUUGUGAUUUUAAAAUUUUCUAAGGUUGUUAAACAAUUUAAUAAAACUAUAUUAGUUAAAAAGAAA